AUGACGGUAUUCAACAGGUCCAGACCUGAGUCGCAGCAGACGAUGACUGGCCUUGACGACGAGGAGUAUGCACAGAAAGGACUUGUUGAGCCUCGGUAUAUGGGUACGCUGGCAGAUCGGCGUGAUAUGAAUGCUCUUGGUCGAGUGCAGGUUUUACGAAGAAACUUUCGGUUUAUCUCUAUUGUUGGAUUUGGGUGCACUUUGAUCUGCACAUGGGAGGUUAUUCUGACAUUGCUGGCAGCUGGCCUGACCGACGGCGGUACAGCGGGCUUGAUAUGGGGGUUCAUCGGCGUCUCGACCGGGUUUACCCUUGUCUAUGCCAGCAUUGCUGAGAUGGCUUCGAUGGCCCCCACUGCCGGUGGACAGUAUCAUUGGGUGUCUGAGUUCGCACCAAAGAGAGGACAGAAGUAUCUCAGCUAUAUCACAGGAUGGCUUUCUGCAAUGGGGUGGCAAUGCGCCAUUGUGUCCAUCGCCUACCUCGCCGGCACAAUCAUUCAAGGCCUGAUCGUCUUGAACCGGCCAGACUAUGACUUCCAACGAUGGCAUGGAACCAUGCUAGUAAUUGCCAUCUCGACAUUCUCAAUCCUGUUCAACACAUUCCUAGCCAAGAAUCUUCCCUUUGUAGAAGGGCUGAUCUUAAUCAUUCAUAUUGUUGGCGUGUUCGCGAUCAUUAUCCCGUUGUGGGUACUCGCACCACGGAACAAUGCCCACGCAGUUUUCACUACGUUCAACAAUGGGGGCGGCUGGGAUAACGCUGGGACAGCCACAUUGGUCGGUUUAUCUACUACCAUAACAUCCAUGCUUGGUUAUGAUUGCUCGGUUCAUAUGUCUGAGGAAAUCAAAGAUGCAUCAGAGACACUCCCAAAGGCAAUGAUGACCUCUGUUGCCGUCAACGGCGUGUUGGGAUUUAUCAUGCUGGUCACACUGUGCUUCACACUAGGCGAGGUCGACGGAAUCCUAGAUACUCCGACAAGAUUCCCGUUUAUCCAGAUCUUCUACAAUACCACGGGCAGCCUCGCGGCGACAAACGCCAUGACGGCCGUGCUGGUGGUAACGCUGACCGCUAGCACAAUCACCGAAGUCGCGACGGCAUCGCGUCAGCUCUGGUCGUUUGCCCGGGACGAGGGGCUACCCUUUUCGUCAUUUUUCGCAUAUGUCACCCCAGGCUGGAACAUCCCCCUGAACUCCGUAAUGGUGUCUCUAGUCAUUACAAUCCUACUAUCGAUGAUCAACAUCGGGUCGGAGGUCGCUCUAAACGCUGUUAUUUCACUCACCAUCACAUCCCUAUUGUCCGCGUACAUCAUCUCAAUCGGAUGCGUAUUCCUAAAACGGGUUCGGGGCGAGCCGCUUCCACACCAUCGGUGGUCACUCGGGAAAUUUGGCAUGGCGGUGAAUCUUGGGGCGUUGGCGUUCCUCUGUCCACUUUAUGUCUUUGCGUUCUUUCCCCUGACAACGGAAGUUACGGUUGAAACGAUGAACUGGAGCGUGGCGAUGUAUGUUGGCAUCGUUGGAUCUGCGACAAUUUAUUAUCUGGUUCUGGGGAGGCAUCAUUUUAUUCCGCCUGUGGCUUUGGUUCAUCGGGAUGAAAAUAGUUAA